UUAGCCACAAGAAAAGAAGAAGUUGGUGGAAUCAGAUCAAAAUUCCCCACCAAAAUUCCUGUUAUAGUAGAAAGAUAUCAUAAAGAAAAACAGUUACCCAUUCUGGAUAAAACAAAAUUUCUCGUCCCCCAGGAACUUUCAAUGUCUCAAUUUGUUACAAUUAUUAGGUAA